ACAAGCAAAGCUAUUCUCUCUAUUUUCCUCAAACAAACAAAAAAAAUUCUCAGCACAGUGAGAUAGAGAGACAAUGGCGGUGGCAGCAAGCACAAGCACAGUGUUAGUCCCUCGUCUACUUACAACAACCACCAACGUUACUCGUUGCUCUGCUUUGCCAUAUCUUCCUCCUCGUCUCUCCACCACUCCUUCUUCUUCUUCUUCUUCCCUUUUCCUUAAACACUCUAUUUCAGAGUCGCGGAAGUUUUCUCUACUUCAGACUAGAGCUUCUUCUUCAGAUGAACCAUCUACUUCUCUCGAUACCGAUGAAUUGUUUUCAGAUUUGAAGGCGAAGUGGGAUGCUGUUGAAAACAAGUCCACCGUCCUUGUAUAUGGUGGUGGUGCAUUAGUUGCUGUUUGGUUAUCUUCAAUUCUUGUUGGUGCCAUCAACUCAGUCCCCUUGCUUCCAAAGAUUAUGGAAUUGGUAGGAUUAGGGUACACUGGCUGGUUUGUCUACCGGUACCUUCUGUUCAAGUCUAGCAGAAAGGAACUAGCUACGGAUAUUGAUGCGCUGAAAAAGAAAAUUGCCGGAACUGAAUAGAAAUGUAUUAGUAGCAAGUCAAGUUUAUCUCCCUUGCUCAUCAUUUGUUUGUUUUGCUCUAUGUCUUGUUAUAUGAGAGGCAUUUGUAUCCCUUGAUAUAGAAUAGAAUUCCUCCAUCUCUAUCAGUAUCAACCUUGUAUUAAUCCAUUCCAUUGUUGAAAUAAUGCAGCAAAUCUUAUAUAUGUGUAUGAUUCUGAAUUCUGAAUGGACACCAUUCAUAUUUUUACUUA